GGUACCAAGUUGCUUUACGGGAAAGGGCAACUAUAAUUUAUUCGGGAACUGCCCUGCUUUAGACUUUUUCAUGGUUAUUAAUUUGUACAAAGAAUCACAAGCUGGUACAGCGGGAACCAAACUGGCAAAUCAGGCUGCCGAGACAACUGUGUAAUUCGCUGGAAAAAGAAACGGAGAACCUCUCCUGCGUACGGGAGGACAAUGUAUAUAAAAAUAUGCAAGAAUCAAAGGAAACCCUCAUAUCCAAUCACCUAGACGAAAUUGUUGCUGCUGUCAGCAUAACGCCUGGAAAGAAGAUCCAAAACAAGCUGCCUCAGACAGCACUAUUCCAACCUCCUCGAGAGAAACUCCACCAUUGUGAAGAGAAAGCGAAGUCCUAUUCUAGCUGUCACGAAUAUAAACAGGCGGUCGGCGAGCUGGUGCGGUGCGUCGCACUGACGAGAAUUUGCUAUGGCGACUCCCAUUGGAAACUGGCAGAGGCACACGUCAAUCUGGCUCAGGGCUACCUCCAGCUGAAAGGACUGUCGCUGCAAGCCAGGCAACAUGCAGAAAAAGCCAAAGAAAUCCUUACCAACUCCAUCCAGCCUCCCUAUAACGACGACACAGAUGUGUUCAAGUGUUCGAUUGAGCUGUUCCAUACCAUGGGGAGGGCCUUACUCUCCCUUCAAAAAUUUAAGGAAGCUUCGGAGAAUUUGUCGAAGGCAGAGCGACUUGCAAAGGAGCUGCUGCAGUGUGGAAGGGUUAUAAAGGAGGAAUGGAUAGAAAUCCAAGCACGGAUCAAAUUGUCAUCUGCACAGAUGUAUCAAAGUCAGAAGAAAUCAAAAGAAGCUCUGCCUCACUACCAAGAGGCUUUAGAAUAUAUUGAGAGCAGUCGAGGUGAAAAAAGUCUUGAGUGUGUACCAAUAUUGAGGGAAUUAGCCGGUGUCGAGCAAGCCCUGGGACUUCACGACGCAUCCGUCAACCAUUUUCUACAGGCGCAUCUCAUCGUGCUGAGCAAAAACCCCUCUCAAGAAGAGGCAGCGGUCUCUGCGCAUUUUGUCGCCCACGCUGCUGUAGCUUCUGGGAGUACCCAGCACCAAGAUAUGGCCGAACAGUAUUUUCAGGAGAGCAUGGCGAACCUUAAGGAUGCUGAAGGGACAGGAAAGGCCAAAUUUCUUUCAAUUCAAGAUGAUUAUUGCCAUUUUCUACAAGCCACUGGACAAAAAGAGAAAGCAACCUCGAUCCUGAGAGAGUCCCUGGAAGCCAAAGUGGCAGUGUGUGGCGAUCUCAGUCCCGAGGUGGCCGAGACCUACAGGCUGUUGGGUGGGGCCGACCUGGCCCAGGGGAACCACGCUGGGGCCCACAGGAAACUGAAGAAGCUGUCCUGGAGAAAGAUGGUGGUAGCUUGCUCCAAGACAGUGGCCAGGGGAUGGAGCAAAGUCGUGGGGGAGUCGAGGGAUGUCGAUAAGGAUGUAGAAGCCACGGCCCAUGGCAGCUCGGAGUGUCUUCAGAUUCAGACCCUCUUGUACGGACCGCAGGACAAGAGGACUCUGGCCACCCAGCAGACGGUGGACGUCCUGUCCAAGGCCCCAGAGGUGGCCGUGAAGUCCAGGCAGGCCCCAAAAGCCAAACCAGCGUUCUACACGGGCGUGGCCCAGCACCCUGUGCUGGGGAAGGCCAGGCCCAACAUGGCGGACUGAGACCACCACACCCCCAACUCCCCUCCCCCCCGAGAGAGCUUUGGUCACGCCUGGGCGCUGACACUGAGGUGACCUAUCAACCUCUCCAGCAGGAAGAUGGAAUUCGACAGACUGUCAGGGCUGUUUGCUCCCGCAGGCCCCAGAUACUGCGGAUUUCCUGCGGGCCACAUUUUGACAGUGGACACCCUUGGGGGUGAUCUGGUGCUUCUAUAAAGAAUUUUUCUUUUUUUUACCGCCCAACUGGUUUUUCUUGCCAACAAAAUUUUUCACCCAUCGGCGCUACUGCGGCUGCAAGGCCUCUCUUCACAAGUUGACAACUUCUGUGUGUGAAUACCGGGUACGGUACCAAUGCAUAGAGAGCCCCUGGCCUAGACCUGGAGUCAGAUUUGGAGCAAUAAAAUUCUGGAAGAAGCCCCCCUUCUUACAGGAAGAUAAUAGGGAUUGAAAAUAAAAUGCUAAUGAGAGGAA